CAGUGUGUGAACUGAACGGAAGAGGCAGAAAUAGCUCUUGGUUGCCUGUAGAGGACGGCAUUGACCAGAGCUAUGUGAGCGGAGGAGCGCAGGAGCCAGAGCGGACUGACUGCGGAGUGGAGCGGCGGGACGCGCAGGGAAGAUGGCAGCCGCGGCUGUGGCUGAAUUUCAGAGAGCACAGUCUCUUAUUGGAACUGACCGGAAUGCCUCUAUUGACAUCCUCCACUCCAUAGUGAAGCGGGACAUCCAUGACAGUGAUGAGGAGGCAGUGCGGAUUAAAGAGCAGAGCAUCCUGGAGCUUGGAGGAUUGCUAGCCAAGACGGGACAGGCAGCAGAGCUUGGUGGUCUCCUUAAAUAUGUGCGGCCAUUCCUCAACUCCAUCUCUAAGGCCAAGGCGGCGCGGCUGGUGCGCUCCCUCCUUGACAUGUUCCUGGAUAUGGAGGCUGCCACAGGACAGGAAGUGGACCUGUGCCUGGAGUGCAUUGAGUGGGCCAAAGCUGAGAAGAGAACCUUCCUCCGACAGGCACUGGAGGCCAGACUCAUCUCACUGUAUUUUGACACAAAGUGCUACCAGGAGGCUUUACUCUUGGGCUCCCAGUUGCUGCAGGAGUUGAAGAAGUUGGAUGACAAGGCUCUGCUGGUGGAGGUGCAGCUCCUAGAGAGUAAGACGUACCACGCACUCAGUAACCUGCCCAAAGCUCGCGCCGCCCUCACCUCAGCCCGGACCACCGCCAACGCCAUCUACUGCCCCCCCAAACUACAAGCAGCUCUUGACAUGCAGUCAGGUGUAAUCCAUGCAGCUGAGGAGAAGGACUGGAAAACUGCGUACUCUUAUUUCUACGAAGCCUUCGAGGGAUAUGACUCCAUUGAUAACCCCCGAGCCAUCACAGCCCUCAAGUACAUGCUGCUGUGUAAAAUCAUGCUCAACAUGCCUGAGGACGUACAAGCGCUCAUCAGUGGAAAGCUGGCUCUGCGCUACGCUGGCAGACAGACAGACUCCCUCAAAUGUGUAGCACUGGCCAGCAAAAAACGGUCCCUGGCAGACUUCGAAAAGGCAUUAACAGAUUACAAAGCAGAGCUGAGAGACGACCCCAUCAUCAGUACACACCUGACCAAACUGUACGACAAGCUGCUGGAGCAGAACCUGAUCAGAGUCAUCGAGCCCUUCUCAAGAGUGCAGAUAUCACACAUCUCUUCCCUCAUCAAGCUUUCUAAGGGAGAUGUGGAACGGAAAUUAUCACAGAUGAUUUUAGACCAAAAAUUUCAUGGUAUUCUGGACCAAGGGGAAGGCGUGCUGAUCGUGUUUGAAGAACCAGUCGUGGACAAAACAUAUGAGGCAGCUCUGGAGACCAUUCAGAACAUGAGUAAAGUGGUGGACUCACUGUACAACAAAGCUAAGAAGCUCUCAUAGGAGUGCCUGAACCAACCAGUCCUCCUGUUCUCUGCAGUGUGGGCCAGUUGGAUCUAUGCUGAGUGACCGCUCACUGGAACACUGAAAAAGGAAAGGGGGCCAGGGGACGAUCACAAACACUGUCCAGCCCAGCAGGCAAAGAAGACCCAUGGAUGCAGCAGCCAAGUCUGCGGGAGUGUGGGCUCCCCUUUCCUCCCACUGCUGUCCUCCACCCCCAUCUUGUCCCACUGUCUCCUCCUCACAGUCUAACUGAGGUGACGCGCACAGUGCCUCCUUAUGGACAAACAUGAGCACUGCAGAUGUGUCUAAAUGGGACACACCACCUAUUUUUCCCAAUAGUUUCCCUCCCUUCUCUGCGCUGGCCAUCAGGGAAUAUUGUAAUAUACCAGUAAAGAUGCAUAUUCACUUCAGUACUUCUACAUAUGUAAUAUAAAGAAUCAUGCUAAGUCUGCUGCAGUUGUCUUAAAAAGGGUUUACAAGUUGGCUAAUUGUCAAAUCAGCUAGUUCAAAUUGCCAACUUUAAGAGAUUGUUAAAAAUUACCUACCUUCAGCCAUGACUUUUGACGUCCAUAUGAAUACAAAUUGUUUUUCAUUGCAUUCUGGGAAAUUCUGGACAAGUCUCGGGACCACACCAUGAAGAUCUUGCAGCCUGAAUGUCCACUCGUUUGUAUAUACUGUAAUUAUCAAGUUCCUUUCUUGUACACAGCUGUUUUUUUAAUAAAUCAAAAACAGUAAUGCUUGAGAAGUGUUGGUCACACCAAGUGCUUUUGAUGCUUAACUGUGGACUAAUCAUGGGAUCACCGGCUUGUGAGGACAAUGGCCAAGUUGCACUGAAAGUUUUUUGUCAAUUUCCAGUAAUUAUUUUGAAAGGACUAACCAGUUUACCUUCAAUAAAAAGUAUAAACAGAAUUAAAACAA